UGUUGCUCCAUACGUGCUCCAACGUCUCCACCUCAGAGGCUAAAAGAUGGCCGAAGCACAUCCAUGGCCUAGCCGGUUCUUCUGUCACAGAUGUACCGCGGAGAUCAGCCCUCGUCUUCCCGAGUACACCUGCCCAAGAUGUGAGUCGGGGUUCAUCGAGGAGCUGCUGGAAGAAAGAAGUGCUGACAAUGGCUCCAUGUCUACCAUCUCCAGCGGGCCAGGAAUCCAGCAACCAAUCGAGAACAUAGAGCCGCACAUGUUUACAUUCCCGUCGAGCUACAGCCAAUUCUCGCUGAGCGUCUUCGACGAUGCCUUCGACUUCGGAGCCGGACUCGGAGCGGAGGACAACCGCGACGCCGAGAGCCGGCGAGAAAGGGAGAACGCGUCACGGCAACGCUACGGCGCCCGGCAGCCGAGGAAUCGUCACGGCUCCAGACGGCAGCCAGGCAGGCACGAAGGCGUUCCGACUUUAGAGGGAAUCAUUCAGCAGCUAGUGAAUGGAAUUAUUGCACCCACUGCAAUGCCAAAUAUUGGCGUUGGACCCUGGGGUGUUCUUCAUUCGAAUCCUAUGGAUUACGCGUGGGGUGCUAACGGGUUAGAUGCUAUCAUAACACAGUUAUUAAACCAGUUUGAGAACACGGGACCUCCGCCUGCCGAUAGAGAUAAAAUAAAAAAUCUGCCUUCAGUCCUAGUUACAGAGGAACACGUUGCUUCAGGAUUGGAAUGUCCAGUGUGCAAAGAAGAUUACAGCGUGGGAGAAAACGUGAGGCAGUUGCCGUGCAAUCACAUGUUCCACAACGACUGCAUUGUGCCCUGGCUUGAGCAGCACGACACGUGUCCGGUGUGCAGGAAAAGCUUGAGCGGCCAGAACACAGCGACCAACCCUCCAGAACUAUCAGGGAUGAACUUUACCUCCUCCUCUUCCUCAACGUCGUCAUCGUCUUCCUCCACCCCUCACUCUUCCAGUUCCACCAGUAAUGAGAACUCCACUGAUAACUCAUAGAGAAUCAUUUCUCAUCCGUCUCUAUUUUUUAUUCUUUUUUUGAGCCGGCUGGAGCUCCCCUGCUGCCUUGCUGUCUCCCUGACAAAAGGGGGGAGAAAAAAAACGAGUGCAAUUUCAUUAAGCGCGCUCGGUUUGUUGGCGGUAAGUAAAAGGUGAGGUCUGGUCACUCCUGUUUAUUAAUUCCAUCAGGGAUUCAAACAAAAGGUGGGUGGAAGCUCCCUGGAGUAAAGCCUCAGUCAGGGACAAUGUGAGGAAACGCGCAAAAGACUUCAAAAGACACCUCAUGGUAGAACUUUUGGGAAUGUGUUGUGUCGCCAGUGUGCAAAACAAAGUGAAUUCGACAUUAAUUCAGUUUUUUUUAAGAGUAGAAUUCAUAUCUAGGGACUUUCUAUUCUAUUCUAUUUACCAUGCACCUAAUUUUUUAAAUUUGCAAUAACUCUCCUAUCCAGGCUCCACUUUCUGUUUGACCAUACGACACGUACUAUGACGUGAAAACUUGCUUUCCGCAUAAACGGUCAUUUUUAUAUUUUACUCGCAAAGCCUAAAAAAUGUCUCGCAUCCUCCAUGUAGUCGAAACAUUUCAAGCGCAGCGCAGUUUAACCUGAGUGGAAGGUGAGUUAUUUUCUAAGGUUGCCAGUUGAUUUGCAGUACGAUCCUGUAUGAAAAUAAAGAGGUCUGGGUGAUAACGCUCGAGACAAAAAAUACUCGUCAAGUUUUUGCGGCACUGCAACGAAAUUAACUCUCAGAACACAGCAGUGCUUUUUUUUAUUUAUUAAUGAAUCAACAUAUGCCUGAUCGAGCAAUAAAACAUUUCAUAAUUUAGUCACAUACGAUCCCUAAUCCCAACAAACUCACAAGGAAGCAGUUUCAAUGCAAAAUAAGAUUUUGGAGAUUGUUUUGUACUUUUCAAAUUCUUGGGCUCUUGUUAGAUUCUUGCCGGCAUCAAUGAAGUCAUCAAUUCUGCUUCCUUUUUAAUUGUAUGGCCAUCGAGGCCCUACUUCCUCCAUUUUGUAUCAUGCAUCUCGGCUUCAAAGGGCUUCAAUUCAGAACGGAUUGUUCUACUGGAAGCGACUUUGGUUUUAUGUGGAGAAAAGAAAAUCGCUUGGCUUUAUGAUGUGAAACUAUUCAAACGUAAACAAUGCAAUUCUGUCUGCAAUGAUUGAUUUGACCUUUCAACUGUUAAAGCAACUUCAUAAUGUAUUUACGUCACAGGCAGUUUUAUAAGAUCAGGCUUAGUUUAUGUUCAAUUUUUGGGAUUUUUAAAUAGGUUAUACUGCAAUUUAGAGGUGUUGAUAUAGAUUACAUGUAUUUUUUUAAAGAAUAAAGAUGUAUGCCUACCAUGAAGGCAAAUAAAACCCAAGAGCCACCGUUACAGUAAAUAUCCUCAAAACAUUCUCCAAAAUAUCACAACCUGGGCAUAUACAAAGAAAGUGCUUUUUAAUUUCUUCUCUCUCACACUUCCAAUCCAUGCAUAUUAAAAUUAAUUGAAUAGA